UGAGGAAGUGUUUCUGUAAUGUAAAACCAGUGGCCCACCCAUCACAAUAAAAUCAUACACUCCAAAAUCGUCCGAAGUCCAAUCUGACAACAAACAACGUGUAGCUUUGUUUCAAGAUGAAAAUGCGUCUGUUCAGCUGGUUUGGAUUUUGGCUGUUUGCCCUCUGCAGCCUCCCAGUAACCACAGCAAAAAUGUCCACACAGCAGCUUAAAACCUUCAGUAGUCUCCUGGUUUUGAUCCCCCUCCCCCAGCUCACAGGGCAGUCGAACCUGAUUUGUUCACCUCAACCAAUCGUAGCCCUUGCUGGUGAUGAUGUCAUUCUACCAUGUCGCCUUGAUCCUCCCACCAGUGCCAGUUCCAGGACAGUGGAGUGGACCAGACCUGGUUUGGACCCAGAGUACGUCCAUGUUCACCAAGAUGGACGACUGGUGCAUCAGAGUCAGAAUCCGCUGUAUCAUUACCGUACUGCACUGUUUGUGGAUCAGCUGAUCAACGGAAACGUCUCCCUGAACCUCUUCAGAGUGAAAAUCUCUGAUGCAGGAAAAUACAAAUGCUUCCUUCCUUCAUUACGGAAAGAAGCUUCUAUCCAGAUCACUGUUGGUGCCGUUUCCUCACCAGUCAUAACUUUAGCAGGGAUCGACAGAGACAAGGGGGGAGUGGUGUUACAGUGUGAGUCUGCAGGCUGGCAUCCAGAGCCUGAGGUGUUGUGGCUGGACGGUGAGGGAAAGCUCCUCUCUGCUGGACCUACAGAGACAGUCAGAGGUCCUGAUGACCUCUAUACUGUCAGCAGCAGAGUGACUGUGGAGAAGAGACACAGCAACAGCUUCACCUGUAGAGUCCAACAGAGGAGCAUCAACCAGACCACAGAGACACACAUCCAGGUUCCAGAUGAUUUCUUUAAGGUCCAGUCCAGUCCUUCUUCCACCAUCACUGGUUUGGCUGUUAGUUUGGCAGCUGUUUCCAUCAUGUUGAUUCUGUUACUUGUCUUUUUUGUGUGUAAACAGAGGAACAACAGAACCAAGACCAAGAGAAGCCCCUCAGAUGAACGUGACACAGGACCAAGUAAGAAUCCCUCUGGAGAAGAAAUGGAGUCUCUGAAGGGAGAAGAGGAAAAGAAGAGGAAUAGUGCAACCGACUCUGCAUGGUGGCCAUUAGUUUCCAGGCGGAGGUUCCGGGAGGAGAAGAGGAGGAGGGAGGAAUCUGAGAAUAAGUUUGAGGGAAACCAGGCUGAAACCAUCAAACAGCUCCAGGUGCAGACACAGUUAAAGGACAGAGCUCAGAGUGAAGUGCAGACCCUGAAGAAUCAGCUGGAGACCAAAAUAAGAGAGCUCCAGGAGGAGAAGACGAAGAAUACAAACUUGGAGAAAGAAGUGAAGACCUUGAAGCAGGACAUACAGAUGAAGGACACACAGCUCCAGGAGGAGAAGAAGACAAAUACAAACUUGGAGAAAGAAGUGAAGACCUUGAAGCAGGACAUACAGAUGAAGGACACACAGCUCCAGGAGGAGAAGAAGACAAAUACAAACUUGGAGAAAGAAGUGAAGACCUUGAAGCAGGACAUAAAGAUGAAGGACACACAGCUCCAGGAGGAGAAGAAGACAAAUACAAACUUGGAGAAAGAAGUGAAGACCUUGAAGCAGGACAUACAGAUGAAGGACACACAGCUCCAGGAGGAGAAGAAGACAAAUAUAAACUUGGAGAAAGAAGUGAAGACCUUGAAGCAGGACAUACAGAUGAAGGACACACAGGUUUCUGCCCGAGAUUCUGGGAGUGACAGUGGAUCAGGGAGCAGCACGGAGCCUCCACAGAGUGAUGGGUCCUGGUACUCACGAUUUUACAGCUGAACUUAAUGUGUUGUCUUUUUCCAACACAUUGGACUUUAACCACACAAUGGGACCAACUGCAUGUCACCACCAUCUGCACUGCUGGAGAUUUCCAGCUGGCUGUCUCUGUCAGGUAGCUGUCCAUUAUUCACUCACUCUACAGCAGGAAAUGGCCCUCCAAAAUAAAAUCUCUGCACCAGAUAUUCACUUUAUUUAAAAACUGCUGGACCACGACCCACCAGUUGGGAACCACUGAUCUAAAAUGAUUCAUGCUGAAAUGUAAAAUUUGAUCAUAAAAAAACUGAUUUAUAUCAAAAUGUCAAACUUUGAAUUGGCAUAUCUCAUGCCCCGUAUGUCAUAUAGACAUGAAACACUUCAAAUCGAUCUGCAUGAAACUGGGUGAACAUAAUCUAGGGAGCAAUAUCUAAAGUUCCCUCUUGGCAAAAGUUGGAAAACUUACUAAAACUGAGCUUCUAUAAGGCAAUGAAUAUUGCGGAGGGCGUGGCUCAUCACAUAAAGGUGUAGAACAUCUCAAGGGUUUCACCCAUCACCACGCAACUUUGUAGGCAUAUGACCACACAUAAUCUGAGGGGACCCCUCCAUUAUUGAGCCCAUCAAACAAAAUGGGGGCGCUAGAGAGCUCAUUUCUUAUCUAGGCCUAACCGCCAUAUGGAUUUUUACUAAACUUGGUAGAUAUGUAGAACAGGACGCCUCAAGGUGACUGGAGAAAUUUAACUCUAAUUGGCAACUGGGUGGCGCUAUAACAACAGAAAAAUGCUUCAAAAUGGCUAAAAUGCGACCGAUCGCUGUGGCUCCCCCUGUGGACCAAUGUUGGUGUUGUUUCUAAUGUUUGGUAUGACUAAGUCAUGGUAUGGUAUGCUGUACAUAAUCACGGAAACUGUCAGUGUGUCAUUCUGUCAGUCAGUCAUUCUGUCUGUCCCACGUUUUUCUACUCACUGACGUGGUCAAUCUAUGUGAAACUGCACAUAGGCAUUGAGGACUGGCAUAGGUAGAAGGUGACAAAGCUACCAAUGGCUAUGGACUAGUUUAUAUUUUUUUUUUUUUUACAAAGAAACCUCUUCCAGUUUAUCAGUAAAAACUCAGUAAAAAUGACUCUGCUGAUGGCUUUGUCUCAGAGGGUCAUUUAAGCUUCAUCAAUUGUUUAGAAUCAAUGGAGAAAAAGAUGUUUUUAUUGAAUAACUGCUCUUCAAUUAUUAAACCUUACACUGUAAAAAAAAAAAAGGUGUAACACAAAUGUCACUUUGAUAACGUUGCAUCACUGUCAUGUUUCCACAGCAGACUGAUCAGAGCUGAAGAGAUUCUUGUUAUUAUGUGUUUUGUAUUAAAUCUAAUGUUUAAUGUGAAUUUAGAUAUCUUUACUUUGCUUGUGUGUGUGUGUGUGUGUGUGUGUGUGUAUCGAGAGAUAAAAAGACAGAUGUUUGUUCUUACUUUUACAAUAUUUGCAUUGACACAUAUCAAGUUUCAAAACAUUUCCUAUUUGUCCUGUGAGACUAUCCUUUAUAAAUAACAUGGAAAACAGAAACAUUUUCUAUAACAUUUUUUCUUCAAUUCACAGCAUUGUAAUAAAAGAUGUUUAUUUCUAAUGAAAAUAAACAAACACAUAUCUCAGUGCCUGAAACGCUGCAUUCAGUGUGAACACUCCAUUCAUGUUGUAUAUAAACUCCCUGCUUUGUUCAGAAUCAGUGCAGAAAAACAUUUUUUUUCAUUGAAAACCUCCAGUUUGUAACACAGACGUGACUUUGAUGAGGUCGUAUCACUGUGGUCAUUUUUCAAGAUUCUUGUUUUUAUGUUUGUUUGUUUUUUAAAUCAAAUCUGAUGUUUAACAUGGCUUCAGGUGUCCUUAUUGUGUGUGUUUGUGUCAUAGAGAGACAAAAUGCCUGAUGUUGGCGCUAAUGUUUACAGCAUUUGUCCUCUAAGAUUAAGAUCAAUAAAUAAUUAUGAAAAAAUAAACCCAUGAAGAUAUAGUUCUGUGUUUAUACAAUACUUUGAGUGACGUCUGCACAUUCUUUGACUUUUUAACCAUUUGUUGUGCUUCAAAAUAUUGUUGAAUUAAACUGUUUCAAUAUUCUUUCUUCAGUUUACAGCUCUGUGAUACAAUCUGUUUCCUGUUUUAAAUAAAGAUAAAAACAAGUGUCAGGCUGCUUCAAACGUUGGUUUGAAGAUGACAGAGACUCCUCAAGGCACAAGUUAACUCUUAAAUUAUCAACUUGUACAAACCAUUGUUGUUUCAGCAGAGCCUCCUGAACGCCUCUCUACACACAUCACAUGUAUUGUCUCGUGUGGUUUGUGUCCGAGAGGCUCAAAUUAUCACCAGCAGCUGUCGAGUCUAAAACUAAAUACAGAACAACAUAUACUUUAAAAACAGAGAGCUCACCUUUUGAAAAUAACUCAAACAUCAGUGCCUCUGGGGUUUCACCUUUUCUGUGUGUGAGAGAGUCAAACAGUCACUGCAGGUAUGAACAUGUGACACAGAGAGCUCUGAUACCUCACAGUCACACACAACUUAUACAAAAACUAAACAAGUGAAGAUUAAAGGUGAACAACAUCCUGAAGACCUGCCAGAUUUCUCAGACCGUGAGCAUGAUGGGACACUCUGUGCUUCAUUAUCUUGAU